AGCUGCCAAGCUGUUCUCCAGAGUGGCUGUUUCCUUUUAUAUUCCUGCCCCCAGUGUGUCAGACCUCAGUGAUUGAGCCUGGCAGCACAACCGUGCAUUGUGGGGGCAGUGGAUCUGAGGGAUGGUGGUGAAGCUGUUGUCCCCGUGGCAGUCCGUGUGGCCCCUGCCCUCCUGGGAGGGCCUCACCCUGGGCUUUCUCCUGAGGUUGAGGAAGCAGCCCCAGUGGAUCUCAUCUGCAGCCUUGUUAACUGAACUCGGAGCGAGCUAAGGACCCAGGCUCUCCUGUGAGUCAUAGUCAGCAUUAUGGCAUCAUUUCCAGGAGAGUCUUAAGCCAAUGGAAUGGAACUGGGGGGAGGGGCCUGCCUGAGAAGACUGACUGUCAGAAGAUGGAUGAUGUUCUGUGGGCCUUACCUGCUCGCCCCUUCAUGGAGCGUCCUGGCUUGCACAAGCCAAGCAGCUGAGACCAAACAGGAGAACAGACGGAGGACGAGCUGGCCGCAGGACUCCCGCCACCUCUGCCUUCUCCCCGCCCCCCGGGCCCAGAGGAUGAGCCCAGCCUUCAGGGCCAUGGACACAGAGCCCCACCCUAAGGGCAUCCUGCUGGAGCCCUUUGUCCACCAGGUUGGGGGACACUCCUGCGUGCUCCGCUUCAAUGAGACCACUCUGUGCAAGCCCCUGAUCCCAAGGGAGCAUCAGUUCUACGAGACCCUUCCUGCCGAGAUGCGGAAAUUCACUCCCCAGUACAAAGGUGUAGUAUCUGUGUGCUUUGAAGAGGAUGAAGACAGGAAUUUGUGUCUGAUAGCAUAUCCAGUAAAAGGGGACCAUGGAACUGUGGACCUUGUAGACAAUUCAGAUUGUGAGCCAAAAACUAAGCUGCUCAGGUGGACAAACAAAAAGCAUCAUGUCCUAGAAUCCGAGAAGACUCCCAAGGACUGGGUACGCCAGCACCGGAAGGAGGAGAAGUCGAAGAGUCAUAAGUUGGAAGAAGAAUUUGAGUGGCUGAAGAAAUCUGAAGUCUUAUACUACAGUGUAGAGAAAAAGGGGAAUGUAAGUUCCCAGCUUAAACACUACAACCCUUGGAGCAUGAAGUGUCACCAGCAGCAGUUACAGAGGAUGAAGGAGAAUGCGAAGCAUCGGAACCAGUACAAAUUUAUCUUACUGGAGAACCUGACUUCGCGCUAUGAGGUGCCUUGUGUCCUGGACCUCAAGAUGGGAACGCGACAGCAUGGCGAUGAUGCAUCUGAGGAAAAGGCAGCCAACCAGAUCCGCAAGUGCCAGCAGAGCACGUCCGCCAUCAUCGGCGUGCGCGUGUGUGGCAUGCAGGUAUACCAGGCGGGCAGUGGGCAGCUCAUGUUCAUGAAUAAGUACCACGGGCGGAAGCUGUCGGUGCAGGGCUUCAAGGAGGCGCUAUUCCAGUUCUUCCAUAAUGGACGGCACCUGCGCCGUGAGCUCCUGGGCCCCGUGCUCAAGAAGCUGGCAGAGCUCAAGACAGUGCUAGAGCGGCAGGAGUCCUACCGCUUCUACUCGAGCUCCCUGCUCGUCAUCUACGAUGGCAAGGAGUGGCCUGAGGUGGCCCUGGACUCCGAUGCUGAGGACUUGGAGGACCUGUCAGAGGAAUCAGCUGACGAGUCUGCUGGUGCCUACGCCUACAAGCCCAUUGGUGCCAGCUCUGUGGACGUGCGCAUGAUCGACUUUGCACACACCACCUGCAGGCUCUACGGCGAGGACAGCGUGGUGCACGAGGGCCAGGAUGCUGGCUACAUAUUCGGGCUCCAGAGCCUGAUAGACAUUGUCACAGAGAUAAGUGAUGAGAGUGGGGAGUGAGCUUGCCCACUGCCCCGGUACCUGAGAGACUCAUGGUCCCAGGCACAGCUGUGCUGCGUCAGGGAGGAGGCCAGGGUAGCCCGGCAGUGGCCCUGCAGCCUGGAGCUGACAGGCAGUGGCCCCCCAGCCCCAGCCCGAGCCAGCCCCUGGUGCGCUCCAAGUCUUUAUUUAUUUUAACUGUUUCUUCAACAUUCCGUAUUUGAUGAUGCAGAUACCUCUUUCAUCCUUGCGUGUACGUGUUCUAAUACACAUCUUCCUGUUUAUGGUA